AUAGCUCAUGACCAUAGUGUGCAAACUGGGAGAGCUACAGUAUACUAAAAUGGCGUUAUUACGAAUCGCUACUUAACAUUGUGAUAUCAAGUGUAUCUGAUACAAAAAUGCUAGAUACGAAUAAUAAAGGCUUAUCUCUGUAUAACAGGGAAGUAACAAUGCCUACGUUGUUAUGGUAAAAUACACAGUGGGGGAAAUCUGUAGCUUUGUUUUUAAACUUUCGGUUUAAACACAGCGGCCGACCGGCAGAAGUAAGUUUACAGAAGUGUUAAGUCCUCGCCCCUAAGAUCAAAGUCCCAGACUCAGUUCUGAAGACCAUUUAGAGCUAAAGUGGACGCGAAAACGACUUCUUCACCAUACUGGCAUCCAGAUGUGUCACCUUUCCUCAGACUGCGAUGUAAUUUCAUCAGGAAGAAAUGCGUGAAUCCCGACGCUGACACGGAAGAGAUUGACGGCUUUUAGUGUGUGCAGACAUCCGGUCAGUGCUUUUCUGGACUUUCUCUGGUUAACGUUACUCCCCCGCGCCCGAAAACAUGUCGGACCCAAAACCGCAUUCAAAGACAAACACCCCGGACUCAGAGUCCGCUAAAAAACUGAACAGAGUGCUCUGUGUCACCUAUCUAAUAGCGACACUGGACAUCACAUGGCUCUUCGUCCAGUUUUCUAUAACUCCCUACUUGGCAAAAAGGCUGGGAUUUGACACCUUGUGGUUUGGAUACUUACAAACCAUGGUAGGAGUAAUUCAGCUUUUGGGAGGCCCUAUAUUUGGCAGGUUUGCUGACCUGUUCGGGGCACGGACAGCCCUGGCUCUCUCCUCUUUAGCCUCUGUGGUGUAUUUCAUCCUGCUGGCAGUGGCUAACAGCGUCCCCAUGCUCUUCCUCCAUAAGCUGCCAGCCAUCUUCAUGCACGCCUUGCCAGGGACUCAGAUGGUCGUGGCAGACCUGACAGAGCCGGAGAAGCGGGCAGCAGCCCUGGCCAAACUGGGCCUUUGCUUUGGAUUUGGGAUGAUCACAGGCUCCUCUCUGGGGGGCACGCUCAGCACACACUAUGGGGAGACAUUCGCAGCUUGUGUGGCAGCUGCUGGAAGUCUUUUCAGCUUGGUCCUAGUUUUGAAGUUCAUCCCCAAACAUACCAAAAAGCAGACUGUUGAGAAGGACGAUUCUUCAGAAAGGGGAGUAGCUGGGUCGGUGUUCAACCUCGCAAAGAUUGCCAGGCUAGUGAAUUUCCCUGGUGUGGCAAAGAUCUUCACUGUAAAGAUCAUUUCGGGUCUGCCUGGCGGUGUGUUCCAGGUCAUGUUCUCUAUAAUCGCCAUGGACUUCUUUCAGCUUCAGGCUGAGCAGACUGGGUACCUCAUGGCCUACAUUGGAAUCAUACAAAUGGUGAUACAGGGCGGUGUGAUUGAAAGGCUGACGUCCAAGUUCUCUGAAAACUUGUUGCUUCUGUUCUCCGUUGGUCUGACUAGCCUAGUGGGCUUAAUGCAGAUCCUGAUGACCAGUGUGGUGCACUUCUGCUUCAUAGUCAUUCCCAUGAUGCUCUCCCUCAGUGUGUUUAAUGUCAUCACGGACAGUAUUCUGACCAAAAGUGUGCCUUCCUCAGACACAGGAACAAUGCUGGGUAUGUGUGCCUCUGUGCAGUCUUUGCUCCGCACCAUGGGACCAACAAUUGGAGGAUUUCUAUACCAGACCUAUGGAGUGGCUUCUUUUGGUUGCAUCCAGUUUUGUGUCAACUUUUUAGUGUUCAGCUACCUCUUAAAAAGUAACACAAUAAAAAAUGAAUAAUAAACUAGGAAAGCACUUGAUCUUGAAAGAUGCCCAAAAUUACAAUGAUACUUUGUCAUUUUUCAAUCACUUGAUCAUAUACGCCUAUUUGGUUAAUUGGCUCUUUUUGUAGUUUGCAUUACUUCUUAUCCAGUACUGAAUCACAGGCCUGGAGCCUGUCCCAGCUAGCAAUGGGAACAAGACAGGAAACAUGCUGGAGGGAUACCAGUCCUAUGCAGGGCACACAUGCACACACACACACACGCACACACACGCACAUGCACACACACACGCACACACACACAUGCACACACGCACAUGCACACACACACACACGCAUAUGCACACACACACACGCACACACACACACACACACAAUAUAAGCAAAUUAGAAACACCAUGUACUAUGAUAGUGAUUGUAUUGUUAUAUUACAUGGGAGGAUCUAAAGGUUUGUGUUAUAUUUUGCUGCAAUGUAAUGCCAUUUUAAUUAAACUGAAAAAAUUAUAAUAAUGAUUUUAAAUAACCAUGAUUUGUUCUUAAUAGACCAAUUCAUUGAAGAGUAUGAUUUACUUGUCCAUUAAUGUUGUGUUUAAUAUUCCCAAAUAAAAUGAAAAAUCUUAUAUAAAAUGAGCACAUUUUGAAAGAAAUAAAAAUGGCAGUUGUUACCCUGUUGCUAUUCACUAAAGUAAAAUGAAAAGCCACCAUAUUACCGUGGCUUUCCUCUAUAAAUUGCCUGCAAAGGGGAAUUUGUUUUUCUUAGAUAUUUUCCUUUGUGUUCAAUGAGAUGUUUGCGUUGCAUCGUGGUACAAAAACUCAUUUGCCCGUCCCUGUUUCGAUUAUUCUUACUUUCAUGCCGUGAUUGUACCAUAUGCUUAUAAAUUGAGUAUGUAAAUGCAAAUUGUCGUUGGGAAGAAGUGACCACUAAAUGAGUAAAUAUACAGGUUAAAUAUUAAGCAAUAAAAAUGGUCGACCCAUAGAAUUACACAG